UAUCAAUCAUGUCUAAGGAUGUCGAAAAAACAUAUUUGCACUUUACAAGUAUCAUCAACUACAUCUCAUCUAGUAACAACCCGACUUAAGAAUUGGUAACUUUAAAGCUAGAGAUUUUACAGUUUGACAAUUUAAAACUGUGUAAAUUACACAAAAUAUCGAAAUGGCAUUUACUCCAGUUAAUCCGUAUCAACUUCAAACGGUUCUUUGCACCAUGGAAAAACGACUUCCGAAAUCCGCAAAGGAAUACAACUUGGUCAAAAUGUCACUUCGAGGUUUUUUCCCACCAUCGGUCACGAAUCGUAUUUUUGCCUACAAGGACAUUAUCGAGGAAGAUGUCCCUUGGUCGACCGCAUUUAUUGUGAUUAUCCAAUAUCGGAAAAUAUAUGACGAUAACGCAGUCAUCCUUUCCAUUCCUUCCUCUCCAACUGACACCAUGUUAGAGGCCUUAGAAUCCAUAAUUAAUUGGAAUGGUCCCAUCACAUUUGCAGAAAUUGAGGACAAAUAUACUCCCACUAUUCUACACAUGAGUGCGAAAUAUGGUACUUCCGUAGUAGGAUGCAGUUGCCAAUUUUCCUCUAUUAUGGAAAAAGAUGCCACUAAAAUUACCAAUAUUUCUUCUGAACUUCCAAACAAGGUCCGUGUGACUCAGCUAUCCGUCUCUGACACCAAAUUUGUUUCGGAAAAUCGUAAAUUUUCGACAUUUGAGUUUACGGCCGAUGAAAUACAGCAUUUUGGUGGGGCUGGAGUUUAUGUGGAUUCGGAGUUAGUGAGUUGUGCCUUAAUGAGUGGAAUUGGUUCAAUUAAUGGAUUAUGGACCGACGUGAACGAGAGAGGGAAAGGAUAUGCUGAGCUGGCGAUGCGUAAAGUGAUCGAAAUGGCGACCAAAAAAGGUCUCCUGCCAAAUGUGCAGGUUGAGCCUUACAACUUAAGCUCGCAAAGGUUGAUGGAAAAAUUAGGAUUUAAAGUCUCGCAUUUGGUUGACAUUAUCUUUUUUAAGCCGUUUGAACUACAAAUAAAUAAUUGUCCUAAGCAUUACUGUGCAAUUAAUUACAAUUAGUAAUAUUAGCAUUGGUUGUUUUACGUAAUAGGAACUUUGACAAAUGCUUUAGACACAAUUUAUGUAUAACUAAAUAUUUUUGCAUCAUUGUGUAAUUCAGUUGAAUUUGGAUGGUGCGGUGAUAAAUAAAAGUGACUAAUUAUAAAAUUAUCUAAAUGUUGACAAAUAAAUACAUGAAGUUAAUGGGAUACAAUUA